AUGGACACAGCGAGAUCAGAUUCUGAGUUACCAAAUAAAAUGGCACUUUUGGAUAUAAUGGAAGUGGGAGAGAGUAGCGUUGAAAGUGUAGUGUCAAACCCACCUUCUCGUAUUCUCAGAAAACGAAAAUGUUUGGCUCCAGAGCCAAGUAAAUCUUCUAAUCGCAGAGUUAGUAUGAAACCACGUAAACAUAUUAGCAUAACUGAAAAUGCAAACCCAAAACAAAUAGAAGCAUUGUACCUUAAUAAAAAAAUUAAAACUUUGACUCAAACUUUAGAGACUAUAUAUGAAGAGCCUAAAUCAAAUAAUUCUGAAUGUGAUAACUUCAUUGGAGGAAGAAAAGUUAAGAGACUAUUGACCUUUCAAAUAGGUAGUCAAUAUACAAAAGAAAAAAUUAAGAAACGCAGAGCAAAGAUCAAGAAACUUUUAGGUAAUAAAUCUUUUGUUAAUAGGAAAAAAAUCCCAAUGAAUGUAUUUCUGAAAACAAUUGAAUGUCUGGAGCUAGAUGAAGCUGUACAUUCCGAUAAUAAAACUGUAGAAAGUACAACUGUAUGA